CUCAUCCCCCCGGCUCGGCCGCAGUGGUAGCGCCCGGCGGCGGUUACAGGAGCGCGGCGGAGCGGUUACGUUACUGUGUAAAAAUGAUCAUCCCGGUCAGAUGUUUCACAUGUGGCAAAAUAGUUGGAAACAAAUGGGAAGCCUAUCUUGGCCUUCUGCAAGCAGAGUAUACAGAAGGAGAUGCUCUGGAUGCCCUUGGUUUGAAGAGAUACUGCUGUCGCAGAAUGCUCCUAGCCCAUGUGGAUCUGAUUGAGAAGCUUUUGAAUUAUGCUCCUUUGGAGAAAUGAGAUGAAAAAGAUGUAUUGCAAGAUGUGCAGAUCAUAUCCCUAAUACUAAGCUUGAAAUUGGACUUCAGGGGUUAAAGGAUGCAAGCCUUUAAAUGUACUGCAACCAUUCAGAGUUUUUUAUUUUCUGAACAAAACACUGCCUCCAUCCACUAACUUCUUUCAGAGAAACCAAUGAAAUAUGAAGCCCAUUUAAUCAAGAAUUGGAGAUUAAGUUAAUGUUUAGAUGCUUCUGCUGGCAAAAGUAAAGCUUUAUUUUAUAAAAUAUAGUAAACUUGUGUAUGAAAAAUGCUAAAAUAAAGGAGGUCUUUCUCUGUAGUCUCCCUACA